GCGCAGGCGCAGUGCGUCGGUCCCUGGUUGACUCCCUGGCUACGGGCUUCAUUUCUCCUCAUUGUUGCCCGGGGAGGAGGAAAGAUGGUGCUGGACCUGGACUUGUUUCGGGAGGACAAAGGAGGGGACCCAGACCGCAUCCGAGAGACGCAAAAGAACCGCUUCAAGGACCCGGGACUGGUGGAUCGGCUGGUGAAGGCGGACGGCGAGUGGCGAAAAUGCAGAUUUCGGGCCGACAACUUGAACAAGCUGAAGAACCUAUGCAGCAAGACAAUUGGAGAGAAAAUGAAGAAAAAAGAGCCAGUGGGAAAUGAUGAGUCCAUUCCGGAGAAUUUGUUAAAUCUCGAUGACCUCACUUCAGACACUUUAGCUAACCUGAAAGUGUCACAGAUCAAAAAGCUCCGACUCCUCAUCGACGAAGCCAUCCUCAAGUGUGACACCCAGCGGAUAAAGCUGGAGGAAGAGCGGUUCGAGAACCUCCGAGAGAUCGGGAACCUUCUGCAUCCCUCGGUGCCCAUCAGUAACGAUGAGGAUGCGGACAACAAAGUGGAGAGGAUCUGGGGUGAUUGCAACGUCAGGAAGAAGUACUCGCACGUGGACCUGGUGGUGAUGGUCGAUGGCUUUGAAGGCGAAAAAGGGGUCGUGGUGGCUGGGAAUCGAGGGUACUUCCUGAAGGGGCCCCUGGUGUUCCUGGAACAGGCGCUCAUCCAGUACGCCCUUCGCACUUUGGGAAGUCGGGGCUACAUUCCCAUUUAUACCCCGUUUUUCAUGAGGAAGGAGGUCAUGCAGGAGGUGGCACAGCUCAGCCAGUUUGAUGAAGAGCUUUACAAGGUGAUUGGCAAAGGCAGUGAAAAGUCUGACGACAACUCCUAUGAUGAGAAAUACCUGAUUGCCACCUCCGAGCAGCCCAUCGCUGCUCUCCAUCGGGAUGAGUGGCUACGGCCAGAGGAUUUGCCCAUCAAGUAUGCUGGCCUGUCCACCUGCUUUCGCCAGGAGGUGGGCUCCCACGGCCGUGACACCCGCGGCAUCUUUCGAGUCCAUCAGUUUGAGAAGAUCGAACAGUUUGUCUACGCGUCACCACACGACAACAAGUCGUGGGAGAUGUUUGAGGAGAUGAUCACCACCGCGGAGGAGUUCUACCAGACUCUGGGGAUCCCAUACCACAUCGUGAAUAUUGUCUCAGGUUCUUUGAAUCACGCUGCCAGUAAGAAGCUUGACCUGGAGGCCUGGUUUCCGGGCUCGGGAGCCUUCCGUGAGCUGGUCUCCUGUUCUAACUGCACAGACUACCAGGCUCGCCGCCUCCGAAUCCGAUACGGGCAAACCAAGAAGAUGAUGGACAAGGUGGAGUUUGUCCAUAUGCUCAACGCCACCAUGUGUGCCACUACCCGCACCAUCUGCGCCAUCCUGGAGAACUACCAGACGGAGAAGGGCAUCCUCGUGCCCGAGAAGUUGAAGGAGUUUAUGCCGCCAGGUCUCCAAGAGCUGAUUCCCUUUGUGAAGCCGGCGCCCAUCGACCAGGAGCCAUCGAAGAAGCAGAAGAAGCAGCAGGAGGGCAGCAAAAACAAAGGGGCAGCGAGCGAUGUCACCCUGGAGAGCCGGCUGCAGAGCAUGACGGUCACCGAUUCCUGAACAUUCCUUCCCCCCAGUUCUGUCAGCUGGGAUCCCAGAGCCUGCCCGAGGGCGGGGAAGCCAGACAUACCCACUGAUCGCCUGCACCCCCUGACUGCAUUGCUGAAACGGGAACCCUCUGCCACCGAGCCGCGGGGUCCCUGUCUGCUCGCAUGGGCCUAGGAUGCAACCACUGAGGACCGAGGAGGCCAUGCCAUGGGCCCCCCCAGCGGAGGCGGGGACUCGCCCGCGGUCCUCCGCCUGGGGCUCAAACCCUGGCUCGAAGCUCUCCCUGGAACCACACUCAUUUGUGCUUUUCCCCCUAAAUAAAGCUGUUCCACGUA